AUGACAGUCUCUAAAACAUUUUUGACGCGUUUGGUGUGUAACUAAGCGAAAAUCUAAGCCCCAAAAUGAAGAAUCAGCAAGUUUUGGUUGACUAUUGGACGAUGCUCAAGACCUCUGGGCUGUGCCUGCUGCUGGCAUUCUGUGGCUUUGUGCUGAUCAAAAUGGUGCAGACUGUAUUCUGGUUGCCGGGACACUUGAAGCAGAACCAACAGCGUCUGGAGGACAUGGCCAAGCAGUAUGCCAAGGAGCUGGGAGACGAUGAAAGGGCCGAGAUUGAGAAGCUCUUCAACAGCAACGAACCGCUGUCGGAGGAGCGCAUCAACCAGUUGCUGGACAAGCCAGACAAAUCAGCGGAGCCCAAGAAGGAGCAAUAGAACAAUCGAAUUUUAUAUAUAUAUUUAUCUGUA